CGUAUGACUUCCGCACAUGCGCAGUGAGACUGUUGGCUUCAGUGUAGCAUGUUGUUGAGUUUGUUCUCUGCUAUUUGAAUUAAAGACUGUAGUAUCUGAUUGUAUUAUAUUAUUAUUGUCGUCAUAAAUAUUAUAACGCGAUAUUAUUAUUAUUUUCGUCAUCAGUAUUAUAACGCGAUAUACAGAAGCGUUUAGAGGAAGAAGAAGGAAGCGGAAUGAAUCAGUUUGAACACUUGAAGGAGGAAGACUGUGGUGAGCAGGAGGAGAUGAAGGACAGUAUUGAGACGGACGGAGGAUCGAUAAACAACAAUAACAACAACAUCAGACGCAAGACGGUGACUCCGGCUCCAGGCGAACACCCGCUGCAGUACAACUACACCUUCUGGUACUCGCGCCGGACGCCUAGCAGACCCGCCAACACUCAGAGCUACGAGCAGAACAUCCGGCAGAUGGGCACCGUCGCGUCGGUGGAGCAGUUCUGGAAGUUCUACAGCCAUCUGGUUCGACCCGGAGACCUGACGGGACACAGCGACUUCCACCUGUUCAAGGAGGGGAUCAAACCCAUGUGGGAGGACGAGGCCAAUAAAAACGGAGGGAAGUGGAUCAUCCGGCUGAGGAAGGGUCUGGCGUCUCGUUUCUGGGAGAACAUCAUCUUGGCCAUGCUGGGCGAGCAGUUCAUGGUGGGAGAGGAGAUCUGCGGUGUGGUCGUGUCCAUCCGCUUCCAGGAGGACAUCCUGUCAAUCUGGAAUAAAACGGCCCAUGAUCAGGUGACCACGUCACGGAUACGAGACACACUGCGGCGCGUGCUGAACCUCCCGCCAAACACCAUCAUGGAGUACAAGACACACAACGACAGUCUCAAGGAUAACUCCAGCUUCCGGAAUACGAAGAUCACUUUGUGAAAACCUGGAAAUAAUUUUCAUAUGGACACUUUCUCUUUUACACCACGAGUGAGCGACGCUUCAGACGGACCGAAUGAACCCUAAGCAAACUCUGUGUGUGUGUGUGUGUGUGUGUGUGUGUGUGUGUGUGUGUGUGUGUGUGUGUGUGUGUUAGUUCUGAAUCAUUCCAUCAGCCUCAUUGAGUCGGUUCAGUAACUCGUACACCAGAUUCAGUGUGUUUGAGACGAUUAAAGGCAUUCUCUUCAGUUCAUGUUUCUCAUGUUUCACAGAUUCAGAGCAGCUUUACAGUCAAAUCCCAUUUCAAGUGUCGUUUGGACCCAAUGAACACUCUAGUUGAAAUAUAGUUUUAAUAAAGACUUUGGUGGUGAACUGUUGCAAAAAAA